UAGUGUUUGCUCGAUACGCUGAGGUCGGCCAUUGGUUGUUUGGCAAAGAGAAAGAAAACUUGUUACACCUUACCUGGAUACGGUGUGGACAUGAAGAGCCAAAGAAAACUUUAAUCGACAAUAUUCUGUCAAGCAAACCAUGAGUUCACGGAUAGGCUACGUUAGAUCUCAGAGUGCUAACUGAAGUCGACAAACAUGAUGAAGAAGGGAGCAAUGCAGAAGAGCAAGCAGUGGAAUGUGAAGGGAGCCUUGCGGCUGGCGGGCGUCUUUCACUUCCUCCAUUCCUGUGGCUCCGGUUGCCUCCUUCCCUUCCUGACCCUCUACUUCCGACACCUGGGUCUCAGCGCCACCAUGAUUGGUAUCAUCAUGGCGUCCAAGCACCUGCUCGCUGUGGUGUGGCGCCCGUUAUCCAGCGUCCUCGCCAGACAGUACGACAAGCGGCGGGCGGUCAUAGUGGGCUCUCUGCUCAGCUCGGCAUUGGUGGUUUUGACUCUUCUGCUCUUCCCGUCCACAGGAAUCCAAGCUGAAAGUGGAUGGUGUAACGCUAGUCAACCUGAUGCUGAUCCCACUGCCAUUCUAGAGAGGACGACGGUCCCAUCGCAAUCAAACGCUACGGUUUACUCAAUAAACCAAAUAUCUGUAAGUACCGAACACCCUGUUGAAGUUACCACACUUGUAAGCUCCAACUGGUCAGCACGAGGCCUGAGAUCUAUGAAGAAGCCUGAACAGGAAGAAGAUCCUCACAGUGAGUUCCUUGGGAGCCUAAAAGUUAUGGAUGCCCAGCAUCAGAUGUUCUUUCUGGUUCUCAUUGUGAUGGGUUUGUGGGAGUUAAUGGCCGCCCCGUUGGAGUGGACGGCGGAUGAUGGACUCUACGAAUACUUGGAUUUCAUAGACGCCACCGAUCGCUAUAAUGGUGUGAAGGUCUGGAAGCCACUUGGAGCCGCUUUUGGCAACUGUAUGGUUGGAGUUCUUGUAACCAGCCUGUUUUGUCUUACAGGAACUACAUUGGAGUUUUACUCCUACACUGUAUUUAUGAUCCUAACCAUCCCUACAGCUGCACUGCUACCUAUCUACCUCCGCAAGCGUGAGCGGCCCACUAGUGGAGGCUUUAAGGCACUACAAUUGGUGCAUGGGAACUCGCAAGCGAUACUUUGUGCCACCACUGUCGUUUUGAUGGGCAUGGUGAGCUCAGCUGUGUCGGAUUUCCUCUUAUGGCACAUGCAGGACUGCGGUGCAACCGAAAUCCACAUGGGCAUCUCUUUAGCCUUGGCUCACUUAUGCCAAACUGGCUUUGCUCCAAUUGCUAGCCAUCUCUCCCGGUUUCUAAAGUACCACGGUUGGUUGCUAGUACUCGCCGUUGUUAGUUUAGCCCUGCAGUGUCUUUAUUAUUCCUUCCUGUGGGGCCCAUGGGCUGUAAUACCCGCUCAACUGCUGGCGGGCUUCAGCACCGGCGCCCUCUGGUGGUCCAUAACAUCGCAAAGCGAAGACAUCGCCACUCCCGGCACCGAAAAGACCAUUUUAAGGCUGUUUGAGGUGCUUUCUCUGGAGUUGGGAGCGGCGUUUGGCAGUCUAGCGGCUGGGUUUGUGGUGCAAAAGUUUGGGGUCCAGGUGCUUUUCCAAGGCAUGGCGGUCACUCUGGCUUUGUGGAGCAGCACUCUUGCCGUACUCAAAUGGAAGAUUCCUCGGCAGCGCCGGAUAAACUAUUCACGCCUGCUGGCCGCCGACACAGAGAUGAGCGAGUCUGAGUCAGACCAGGAGAACGACUGGCUUGAGACGGCUAUGGAAGACACCAGAGGGAAUAACAAGUGGACAGUGGAUCAAUCUUAAUCAAUGGAAGCAAAGAGUGACUUCUUAACAGAGGGCAAAGAAGAGUGAAAUAACACUGAAACUGUUCAGUACACUGAAAGGAAUUAUUUUCUUACUCUGUAUUUUUGUCUUGUUUUCCAUUACAAAAAAAGAUGCAUUUAUUAUGCAAGUGAUGACAUAACCAAUGACAUAAGUUUUGUUUUCUAAUAUAAUGUAU